AUGUUCCUCACCCGCUUCAAGUUGAUCUCGUUGCUGAUCACGCUCCAAAGCGUGUUGAGUCUGGCAGAGCCCGAUGUCUUGCAGCGACAUCAGCUCGAGCCUCUGAAACGUGGCACCAGCUACGUCAACAUGGUCUAUUUUGUCAACUGGGGUAUCUACCAGAGGGAUUAUCACCCUCAAGACCUCCCGGUCUCGCGUCUGACGCACAUUCUCUAUGCCUUUAUGAAUAUCAAAGAGGAUGGGACAGUCUAUACAGAAGAUACCUACGCCGAUCUCGAGAAGCAUUACGCAGGCGAUUCUUGGGCCGAAGGCAACGAUAAUGCCUACGGAUGCAUCAAACAGCUCUAUCUCCUGAAAAAAGCCAAUCGAAAGCUCAAGGUCAUGCUCUCCCUCGGCGGCUGGACCUGGUCUGCGAAUUUUGCCGCGGUCGCCAGUAGCACCACCACACGAGCCACCUUUGCGAAGUCUGCAGUCACCUUAGUGAAGGACUGGGGUUUCGACGGCGUCGAUAUCGAUUGGGAAUACCCAGCCAACGAGGGUGAUGCCACCAACAUGGUCCUCCUCUUGAAGGCCGUACGAGACGAGCUGGACUCGUAUGCAGCCGAGUUUGCCUCGGGCUAUCGCUUCCAGCUUUCCAUAGCCGCCCCAGCGGGAUUUGAGCACUACAGCAAGCUCCACUUGGCCGACCUUGCCCAAAUUCUUGACUACAUCAACCUGAUGGCCUACGACUACGCCGGAUCGUGGAGCACCCACACCGGUCAUAACGCCAACCUCUACGCCAACGAUGAAGAACCCGAUGCCACCCCCUUCAACACCGAUGGCGCCGUCAGAGCUUAUCUUGGCGCUGGUGUACCAUCUGAGAAACUCGUUCUCGGGAUGCCCAUCUACGGUCGUUCGUUCCAGGGAACUGCAGGACUCGGUGAACCAUUCGUCGAUGUGGGCUUCGGCAGCUGGGAGAAGGGCGUCUGGGACUACAGCGCGCUGCCCAAGGACGGGGCUGUGCCGGGCUUCGACCCCGCGGCCCAUGCGCAUUACAGCUACGAUGCCACUACACGCGAGCUCAUAUCCUUUGAUCCGCCGGAGGCUGUGCAGCAGAAAGUCGCCUAUCUGAAGCAACUGGGCUUGGGUAGGGCCAUGUUCUGGGAGGCUUCCGCCGACAAGAGCGGAUCGGCAUCGCUCCUCGAGACGAGCUUCCAAUCGUUAGAGGUGCUUGACAACACCGACAACUGGCUUCACUAUCCAAACUCGAAGUACAGAAACAUCGCUUCCGGUAUGGAGGAAGGGGCGUCCUGA